AUGGGAGAUCAGCUAUCAGAGGAUGGGAAAACAAAGGACUGGACAUCAGGGGCCCAAGAAAAGACUGUAGAGGAGACAUCACCUAAGAGGGAUGGAAAGUCAGUCAGAAUCCUUAGUGUCCCCUAUUCCUUCCCCGAGAAGGAUUCCCAGCGUUGCCAGCAGGACCCGAGUCCCGCAUUGCAGUUGAGGACCUGGAGCAAAUCCCACCAAUUGGACCCCCGCAUCGCCUUUGGGAAAUACUCCCCUGUGGAAAAAGAGAUCCUACGUCUAGGUGGCAUCCACACUAUGGCAGCCAGAAGGUUUCUGGCUUUUAAAAAAGAGGAAGAAAGCAAGAUGCUGAAGGAACUGCAGUCGCAGUCCCUGGACCACAAACAGGUCCCAGACCCUAAGAAACAGGCGCCCACUUCUUGCACCACGUGUGCACCCCUGGAGAAAGUGUGGACGGCAAAGGUGGUCGUGCCCUCGGAGGAGUUUAAAAUGCCCCGGAGAGAGAAGAUCACCAUCGGCAAGCACAUAGAGCGGAUGCAGCUGGCGCGAGCCCUCAGCGACCAGCAGCUCCUGCCCUACUUGGAAAGGUUCAGGGGCCCCGCGUUUCCGUCUGGAGGAGGCCUGGACCCACUGGCAAAAGACAAGACCAGGAAAGGGGGGGACAACCAUGACAGUUAUCACCACGAGAGUGCCAAGCAGAAGGAGCAAAACCCCUCAAAGAGACAUGAAAUAAAAAUGAACAUUAUUUUCAAGUCAGAAGAACCCAAAAAAUGCAUAACCUGCCAUCGACAUGACCGCCAGCCUUUCCUCACCAUAAGGAAACUGGAACGAUCCAUCACAGGCCAAACCAACCGGAAUCGCCUGAACUUGGCUGAAUUCCCUGGAGACCUAAUGCUCAUGACCCAGGAUCUUCUAUCUCAGGGAAUCCCUGCAAAGUGA